AUGCUACAAUCUCCAGUCGACGACAAGUAUUUUGCCACGAUCCAGGGCUCUUUGGUGAAAACAUGGAAAGAAGUCAUACAGGGAGGCGCUUCGCACCUGCAAUCCCGACAAAUAUUGAGAGCACAUAAUAAUGAUGUGAAUGGAAUGGCCUUCUCCUCAAGCGGAGGCCUCUUGGCCUCGACUUCUUGCGAUUGCAAUGCGCACAUUUGGCGUGUUGAAGGCAACUAUGAUGAGGAGGCGGUGACUCGGGAAGACCAGGUGGCGGCGGAAGAUGCCUCUGCACUCCAAAAGCACGCGAGAGCCAUAACCUCCCUGGCGCCCCCUUCGGAGGCAAAGAUGGUCGCAUCGGGCAACCUAGGCGGCUUGAUACUCCUGUGGAACGCGGACGAUGGAACACAGCUGCUCUCGCUCGACGGCCACAGCCGCGAGAUCACCUCUCCCGUGUUUUCCAAGGACGAGAAGAUCCUCAUCUCAGGCUCUACCGAUGAGACCAUAGGAGUCUGGGACACGAAGCUGGGGAAGAGGAUACACAGGCUAGAAGGGCACGUCGAUUGGGUACGGUGCGUCGCUCUCUGCCCUCGAGACCGGCUCGUGGCCUCGGCGUCCGACGACCACACCGUGAGGCAAUGGAACCUCCCUCCCCAAGCUGAGCAGCCGAGCCAUCCUGACGACAAUCAUGACACCUCUCGGAGUGAUGCGGCCAGUGACCAAGACUCCAUGGUGAAGCUUGAAAGCACAAUGCUAGAGGGCCACAAUGACUACGUCUAUCGCGUCGCUUUCUCUUCCGACGGAAGAUAUCUAGCCUCAUGUGGCGAUGAUACAUGGAUUCUGAUAUGGGGCGUUGAGAAUUGCGUCGGCAAAGGCGACGAAGAACGACAGCCACUCCCUAAGCUACAGCAAGAGGGCGAGUACGUCGCCGCCUACCGCGCCCUCGCAUUCUUGCCGGUCGCCAAAAGGCUCGUUUCGGUCUCGGAGCUUGGUGACAUCAGUCUGCGGGACACGAAAACGCAACAGCAUCUUUGGGAAGCCCCCGGGGAAGUCUUGGGGGAAGUGGGACGGCAGUGGCAUCCGCGCGUCUUGGGCAUUAAUCCGGAUGAUGUGCUGCUGACCGAGUUCGGUGCCUGGCGGAACAGGUUGACGAACGCACCCCCGACCAGCUCGGAUCUGCCCUCGCGGUACUCCUACAGCGUUGAGGGGCGCUGGACCAUGUGGAACGACCAAAAAGUCGUUUUCCUUCCGAAUCAAUACGCCCCCGCCACCGCCGGGACGUGUUCGAUUGCCGUCCGCGGUGACAGGGUUGCGGUUGGAUGCAUGUCGGGACAGGUGCUCGUUCUCAAGCUCCCAGAGGACGAAAAGCCUCCGCUUCUCUUCCAAUCCGAAAGAAGAUGA